UUACAAUACGUCACAAGUAUUUUUACAUAUCAUUAAACUGGAAGCUCUGAUGCAAAAACGAUUUUAGUGUUCUGCGACGCACAUGUCUUCACGUGUCUUCUUUUCGCAAGUGUGUUCAUAGAAUAGACAGCCUUUCCAGUAAUAGAAUGCUGCAUGAAAUGAACCCCAGUUUUCUGGACGCUAAGUCCGAAAACUCCGAGAAACUGAGAUUGGAAUCAUGCAUCGCGCGCUCAAGAAUAUCGCGAAAAAUGGACAAUAAUGAUUACAUUAUGGAACCUCAUCGAAACGAGUGCGCCAGUUACGAGGAAGCAUACAAAAAAUCAUUGGAGUGCCCCGAAGAGUUUUGGGGCGAGAUUGCUGGUUGUCUCGACUGGAGCAAACCUUGGCACAAGGUGUUGGAUAAUUCCAACCAGCCAUUCACAAAAUGGUUUGUCGGCGGAGAAUUAAAUGCUUGUUACAACGCAGUGGACCGCCACGUGCGCGCCGGAUACGGAGAAAAAACAGCUUUAAUACACGACAGCCCGCAAACAUCAUUAAUACGCAAAGUAACGUACAACGAACUCUUAGAGAAGACGUCUAAGUUAGCGGGCGCGUUAGCGGAUUUAGGUGUGUGUAAAGGCGAUAGGGUGAUCAUCUACAUGCCGCUGAUCCCCGAGACUAUAAUCGCGAUUUUAGCCACCGCCAGACUCGGAGCGAUUCACUCGGUGGUUUUUGGAGGCUUUGCAGCAAAUGAAUUAGCGUCUCGAAUAAAUCACGCCGAGCCGAAGGUUAUUAUUGCUGCGAGUUGCGGCUUGGAACCGUCCAAAGUGAUUAAAUAUACUACUAUGCUAAAUGGUGCCAUGAAAAUGAUCGCCGUGCCGAAGCCAAAGUGUAUCGUGUUCCAGAGAAGAAACAUAUGGGAGGCUCCAUUGCUCAAGGAGCAAUUCGAUUGGGAUGAUCUCAUUAAAAAAUCAAAACCUCAUCCGUGUAUAAUAGUCGAAGCUAAUGAUCCAUUGUAUAUAUUAUACACAUCGGGCACUACAGGACAACCAAAGGGGAUUAUAAGGCCAAUCGGCGGCCACUUGGCGACCCUCUGUUGGACUAUGAAAACGGUUUAUGGAAUGAAUAAGAAUUCGGUUUGGUGGGUAGCUUCUGAUUUGGGGUGGGUUGUCGGACAUUCGUAUAUUUGCUACGGCCCACUCAUAUACGGCGCGACGAGUGUGAUGUACGAGGGCAAGCCCGACAGGACACCGGAUGCUGGUCAAUAUUUCAGAAUCAUCGAGCAACAUAGCGUAAACGCAUUAUUCUGCGUGCCUACAGCUCUGCGUGUUAUAAGACGAGCGGAUCCGGAAACGUUAUUAGGAAAGAAAUACUCUUUAAAAUCCUUGAAAACAAUAUUUGUAGCUGGCGAGUUUUGCGACUACGAAACCAAAAUCUGGGCCGAGAAAGCGUUUAAAGUGCCCGUUUUGAACAACUGGUGGCAAUCGGAGACUGGACAUCCUAUUACCGCACUGUGUCUAGGAUACGAUCAUUAUCCCAACUUGCCCAAAUUCAGUACAGGGCUUCCUAUACCCGGAUACGAGAUCCACAUUCUGCGGGAAGACGGAAGUAAGGCGCCGCAACAAGAACUCGGACGAAUCGCGAUCAAGUUACCGUUACCACCCGGGUGUAUGUCGACACUUUAUCAAGCACCCGAAAGAUUCAAGGAAGUAUAUUUCUCGACGUUUCCGGGUUACUACGACACCAUGGACGCAGGAUAUAUCGACGAGUUCGGUUACGUUUACGUGACAGCGAGAGACGAUGACAUUAUAAAUGUAGCCGGGCACAGAAUAUCUACGGCUGCAUUGGAAGAUAUUAUCUUAGCUCAUACCGAUGUGGCGGAUGCUGCGAUUGUCGGUGUGCCGGAUCUUACAAAGGGGGAGGUACCGCUGUGCCUUUAUGUUAAACGAGAUGCAAUGAAAGACGAGAAGGAAAUAAAUGAAGAACUAGUUGAGCGGGUAAGAAGCAUGAUUGGACCGAUUGCAUCUUUUCGCGCUGCCGCCGCUGUUACCGCGUUACCCAAAACCCGUUCCGGAAAAAUAAUUCGCAAAUCUAUCGCUACAUUGGCGCAGUCGAAACAACUCAAGAUUCCCAGCACGAUUGAAGAUCCGACGGUUUACCGGGAAAUCAAGGAGGCACUCCAGAAACUGGGAUACGCAAAAUUGGCCCCGGAUCCGCAAUGACCAUGCUUUGCACAAAACUUGUACGAGAAGACACUCUUAAGAAAACAUUCACGAUAGCCAUCUUACCGGAAAUGGAGUGUCGCGUUUUGCGAAAUAACAUCAUUAUAAGUUCUUUCUAAUUGUGUUAUGCUACACUUUUUAUUCCUAGAAUAAAAUAGAUAUAUAUGUAAGUAUUAUAAAAAAGAAGACAAAAAUUAGCUAGAAAUACAACCAAGAAAAAG